AUGCCGAAACAAGCUCACUUGAGCGACUCUGAGAAGUCUCUCAUUGUCAAGAGGCUCGCUGAAGGCAAGAGAACUCUCGAUAUUGCAAAGGAACUCGCCAGAGAUCAUCGAACGAUCAAGAAGUACUUGGCGGACCCCUCCAAGGUAUACUCUAGGAAGGGUGGGAA